GUGCAUAUUUCGGUUAGUCUUUCUUGAAUCUCGAACUCUCCUGUUCCUAUUCCUAUUCCUAUUCCUAUAUAUACCCCCAACGCCUUCACAUCCCUUUUCUCAUCGAAUCUCACACAACAAAUCUCUUUCGUAGCAGAUUUAAGGAGAAAUUCUUGCCAAAUUAAGAUUUACUUGUACAUUUAUAUCCAUAAUCCGAGUUUCGUCUUGUGUUAAUCGUCUCUCAUUUCCUCAAUUUUGUGGAACAACUUUAAUGGCGAUGAGUUUAAACCAGAUCGGAGCUUUGUCUGCGACUCCGGUCGCAUCCGAUGGAGGAGAACCAACAACAGCAGCAGUUAGUGCGUCGGCUGUGUGGAGGUCACCACCUGCGAAUAUCCGUGUUUCGGUACAGAAACAAGGGGCGGAGAUGGAUAGGCUAUCGCCGUCUCCGCCCAUGAGUCCCGUAAGAGGCGGAAUGAGGGCGGAUCUGUCCGUGGCGUGUCAGGCGUUGAUGGAAGCUCCGAGAGAACAUACAAGUGGCGGUGUUGGGAACAAGGAAGGGAAGGGGGUUCCGGUUUAUGUGAUGAUGCCGUUGGAUAGUGUGACGAUGGGGAACGGAGUGAAUAGGAGGAAGGCGAUGAACGCGAGUUUACAGGCGUUGAAGAGCGCCGGAGUGGAGGGGAUAAUGAUGGAUGUGUGGUGGGGAUUGGUGGAAAGGGAUGUUCCGGGAGAGUAUAAUUGGGGUGGUUAUGCGGAGCUGUUGGAGAUGGCCAAGAAGCAUGGGCUAAAGGUACAGGCGGUGAUGUCCUUCCAUCAAUGUGGCGGCAACGUUGGUGACUCUUGCACUAUACCCCUUCCAAAGUGGGUAUUAGAAGAAAUCAAUGAUGACCCUGACCUGGCAUACACAGAUCAAUGGGGAAGGAGGAAUAAUGAAUAUCUUUCCCUUGGUUGCGACACCAUCCCAUGCCUCAAGGGCAGGACGCCCAUUCAGUGCUACUCUGACUACAUGCGUUCUUUCAGGGACAAAUUCAGUCAUCUUCUUGGUGACACCAUUGUGGAAAUUCAAGUUGGAAUGGGUCCAGCUGGAGAGCUUCGAUACCCAUCUUACCCAGAGAAAGACGGAAUAUGGAAAUUCCCAGGAAUUGGAGCCUUCCAGUGUUACGACAAGUAUAUGCUGAGUAGCUUGCAAGCUGCAGCUGAAAACUAUGGUAAGCCAGAAUGGGGCAGCACUGGGCCUACGGAUGCAGGGGAAUACAACAAUUGGCCCGAAGACACCAAUUUCUUCAAGAAGGAAUGUGGUGGGUGGAACAGUGAGUAUGGUGACUUCUUCCUCUCCUGGUAUUCUCAAAUGUUAUUAGAUCAUGGAGAAAGGAUACUGUCAUCUGCCACCUCUAUUUUUGAGAACCUGAGCGUCAAGAUCUCAGUCAAGGUUGCAGGUAUCCACUGGCAUUAUGGAACACGAUCCCAUGCACCCGAACUCACUGCAGGGUACUACAACACCCGUUACCGAGAUGGUUACCUUCCAAUUGCCAGAAUGUUGGCCCGCCAUGGUGCAGUUUUCAAUUUCACAUGCAUUGAGAUGCGUGAUCAUGAGCAGCCUCAAGAGGCUCAAUGCGCACCUGAGAAAUUGGUGCAACAAGUGACAUUGGCCACCCAAGAAGCACAGGUAGCAUUGGCUGGAGAAAAUGCUUUGCCAAGAUACGAUGAUUAUGCACAUGAGCAGAUCUUGAAGGCGGCUUCGUUAUCUGAGAAUGACGAGAUGUGCGCAUUUACGUAUCUAAGGAUGAACCCUGAGUUGUUUCAGGCUGAUAACUGGAGGAAGUUUGUGGCUUUUGUGAAAAAGAUGAAAGAAGGGAAAGAUGCGCACAAAUGUUGGGAGCAAGUGGAGAGGGAGGCUGAGCAUUUCGUGCAUGUGACUGAGCCAUUGGUGCAGGAAGCUGUUGUUGCACUUAUGCACUAAAACAAAUAUGGUAUGGGGGUAAUAGUAGUAGAGCAGUUGUAUAAUUAACAGGUGACGUCUGUAAUAAAUGGUGGGUUUUUAUAGAAGCCAUAUUAUAUAUACAUAUAUAUACACACACACACACGCUUUUGUUGUAUAAUUUCUGUGAAAGUACACAGCAAAUAUCCAAACGUUGCAUAUAAUUUAAUUUUUAACCAUUAGAAAGAACCGAAUUGAGGUUUAGUUUGUGACAUGGAAGGUUAGAGUUGUAUGUGGAAUCGAUUGCCCAAUAUUGUUGAAUGAACUACCUCUUAUAUCG